AUGGCCAUUGCAGGAGGUGUCAACCUGCUGCUAUCUCCCGAUACCUUUAUGCAGCUGCAAAACCUCUCAGUGCUCAGCCCCGAGGGCCGCUCGCGAUCCUUUGAUGACGAGGGUCGCGGCUACGGCCGAGGCGAGGGUUGCGGCAUCGUCGUGCUCAAGCCGCUCGCGUCGGCCCAACGCGAUGGUGAUCCCAUCCGCGCUGUCAUCCGCGGCACCGGAUCAAAUUCGGACGGCUGGACAAAAGGUAUGGCUAUGCCUUCUGGAGCGUCACAGAUGCAACUCAUAGAGGAUGUUUACGAAAGGUUUGGUCUCGACUAUUCCGAUACGCAGUAUGUUGAGGCACACUACCAUCGGGCGAGCUUCCAGAAAUCAGAGGCUCAUAAUGGGCAGCGUCAAGCCAAAUAUCGGCCACCUCGAACCAGCCGCGGGUAUCAGGCCUGGAUCAGCAGCACCCUCCGUGACGGCCACAUACGAUCCGAGAGGCCGUACGCGCCGACUUUUAUAGCCGAGAUGGAAGUGUCGGCUGAUUUCCCCGAGCCCAAGGGCCAGAUCCUCCCCGGAGUCUGUCACUCGAGGCGCAGCGGCUUCAAGGAGUGGUCUGUUGAUACGAGCUUGUUCGAUGAGUCGCUGAGCAGCCCGUGUCUUUCCUUCACUGACUUCCGCUUGAGUGAGCUCGAUGCGACAAGCGGCGCUGCUGCUGCUGCCGCCGCGGUUGGUUCCACGGCGGUGCCGCUGUCUUUGAUGGCGCGCAUUGCUCGUCUGGCCACGGUUGACUUGCCAUCCAAGGAUAAGGAGUUCCGUGUGUUUGACGGCCGGUUGCAGGUAGCGUGGAUUGUCGAGGACCGCCAGGGUGAUUCCUUGGUCGCCGAGCAUCUGGCCGACUCGAAGCGCGUUGCCUCACUGAAUGAGCUCGACUUCCCGGUGAAGCUUGCCAUCGGCCAACCGGGACUCUUGGAUACUUUCCACUUCGUCAAGGACGAUGACAUGAUGGAGCCGCUGGGUGACUUGGAUGUCCAAGUACAGGUCCAUGCUGCUAGUCUGAAUUUCAAGGACGUUAUGGCCGCCAUGGGCAUGAUAGCAAUACCCGCAUUAGGCUCAGAAGCCAGCGGCAUUGUCGUCCGCACUGGCAGGAACGUAAAGAAGGUGCAAGCUGGUGACCGUGUGGUCAUUCUCUGUCCCGAAGGUACACACAAGACACUGGUAAGGGUAGGGUCGAAUCUCAUCACCAAGCUUCCAGACUCUUUGACCUAUGAAGAGGCUGUGUCCAUCCCCGUCGCAUACAUCACAGCCUAUCAAGCACUCGUCAACGUUGCCAGGCUAUCCAAGGGCCAGUCGGUUCUCAUUCACGCCGCCGCGGGAGCCGUCGGCCAAGCCGCCAUUCAGAUAGCCCUUCUCCGCGGCCUCGUCGUCUACGCCACGGCCGGCUCCCCUGAAAAGCGAGCCUUCCUGACCGAACGGUACCGCAUGCCCUCUUCCAACAUCUUCCACUCGCGCGAUGCCAGCUUCGCCAAGGCCUUCGCCCGCGUUACGGAUAAAAGGGGCGUUGACUGCGUUCUCAACUCGCUGUCUGGCGAGCUCCUCCGCGCCUCGUGGGACUGCGUCGCGCCCUUUGGCAGCUUCGUCGAGCUCGGCCUGCGCGAUCUCGUCAGCAACACGCGGCUGGACAUGAAGCCGUUUCGCAAAAACAUAUCCUUUUCCUUCUUCGACGUCAAGGACCUGCCCGAGUCGACGCAGGCCGAUCUCCGCGGCGACGUAUCCGACGAGGGAUCCUUCCUCGCCGCCAUGCAGCAGUACGAACGCAACGAUAACCCGGCCCCGAUCCGCGGCGUCGUGCACCUGGCCGCCGUGCUCCGCGACGCGGUCCUGGAAAACAUGACGCACGACGACUGGACCGCGGCGCUGUACGAGUACGGCGUUGACUCACUGGUCGCCAUCGAGGUGCGCAACUGGAUCAAUCUGGCAAUGAAUGCCAACAUAGCUCUGCUCGAGAUUAUGGGCGGCGAAUCUACCAGCCAGUUUGCUGUCAAGGUAGCUGAGCCAAGUACUUUGGUAUCGGUUUAG